UGCGCGAGACACAUUUAUUCCAGGCGUUAGAAGGAGACGACAGGACGCCGGUACCGAGGUUAUAUUUAUCCUUUUUUUCUUGUCUUUUCUUUAUCUGACACUUCGAGCGCAUUCUCCCUGAUGUGAGAUUAAAGACUAAGAACGGAUCAUACAGUACGAACAGAUGAUGCGGUGGAUAUAAAGCUGGGCUCCAUGAGUGCUAUGAGUGACUCUCUGGGUGAGCUAGACACUCCAGGCAGCCUCGGCGAGAAAGCGGCCAUAUUUCGUGAAGGGAAGGGCAAUGUAAGCACACUCAGUGGCACCGACCAUGCCCUAAUCGCUCUGCACUCACCCUACCAGCCGCCCAGUGCUGUGCACAACAGGACUGCCGCCGCUGCAGCAGCUCUCUGCAGGGCGAAUAGGAAAUGUCAACAGGCAGAGGAGAUGCAGCUUAAUAUGGUCCAAAACACCUUCUCAGACCUGCUUCCCUCAGAGUGUUUGUUACCCUGGACCAAAAACAGUUCAACUCAGGUGAUCAAAGUAUACAGUGAGGACAACAGCAGUCGAGCCGUGGAGGUUCCCAGUGACAUCACUGCCCGGGAUAUCUGCCAGCUGUUCAUUCUGAAGAACCACUGCAUUGAUGACCACAGCUGGACGUUGAUUGAGCACCUUGCUCAUCUGAGUAUUGAAAGAAUCAUAGAAGACCAUGAAUCAGUCUUGGAAGUGCAGUCUAACUGGGGCAUGGACUCAGACAGCCGCCUGUAUUUCAGGAAGAAUUAUGCCAAAUAUGAGUUCUUCAAGAAACCUCUGGAUUUUUUUCCAGAAAGCAUGGUGUCUAUAUCGAGUGAAGCAAAUGGUCUCAUGAACCACUCGCAGCUUAUCCAGACAUUUCUCAACUCCAGCACAUGUCCUGAGAUCCAUGGCUUUCUCUACUCAAAAGAGCAGGGCAGGAAGUCCUGGAAGAAGUUCUAUUUUGUGUUGAGAAGGUCUGGGCUGUAUUUUUCCAAUAAGGGCACAUCAAAGGAACCCAGGCAUCUGCAGUUUGUUGCAGAGUUUUGUGACAGUGAUGUCUACACUUUGUUAUCAGCCCGAAAAACACACGGAGCUCCCACAGACUACGGAUUCUGUAUAAAGCCGAGCAAGUCAAGCUCUGCUAGGGACCUCAAACUGCUGUGUGCAGAUGUGGAGCAGACCAGAACCUGCUGGAUCACAGCUAUGCGCCUCUUCAAGUUUGGGAUGCAGCUGUACCAAAACUUCAUAGAGCCUCAUCAUAAGCAGAAAAUCUCUCCAAUGAGAAGCAUUUCAGAGAACUCUCUUGUGGCCAUGGAUUUCUCAGGGCAGAGGAGCCGUGUGAUUGAUAACCCAUCAGAGGCUCUGUCAGUGGCUGUGGAGGAAGGUCUAUCAUGGAGGAGGAAGAGCUGCCAUCGACUUAGCCACGGAAGCUGCUCCCCCUCCCAAAGCUCCCUCUCUAACAUAGCAAUCCACAUGGCUCAGCCGUGGUUCCACAGCAAACUGUCUCGAGACGAGGCUCACAAACUGAUCACCCAGCAUGGCCUCAUUGAUGGAGUUUUCCUUUUAAGGGACAGCCAAAGCAACCCCAAGACCUUCGUCCUGUCCCUGUGCCAUGCACAGAGAAUCAGACACUUUCAAAUAGUGCCUGUUGAGGAUGACGGCGAGCUUUUCUACAGCCUGGAUGAUGGAAACACACGCUUCAGUGAUCUGCUACAGCUGGUGGAGUUUUAUCAGCUAAAUCGUGGAGUGUUGCCCUGCAAGCUUAAACACCACUGUGCCCGAACCACCCUGUGAACCCAGCCCAAAACCGUUGUCCAAUCACCUUUUGAGCUGUCAAAAAAAAAAAACAGCAACUACUCCAACCCAUUCUACUCCAACUCCAAGAUCAUCCAGCUCCUUUCCCACACUUAUACACCCCUUCUCGUCCCUCUGCCAACCCUGAAGUUCACCUCUGACCCCUUUGCGCUCCAUCACACGACCACACACAUUCACAGGGUGACUCUGGACAAAUCGACAGCGCAGCUCGUGCCUUGGACAGGAAACUCACACAGACUCUUCCUGUCUAGUUUCAAUGUUCACUCCUAUGUGAAAUAAUGAUCAUAAGCUGUGGGGUGCUGCAAGAUCAAAAAAGACUUUAAUGGAAUUGAAAAGGGACUUGUUAAGUGCUGAGGAGUGUAUGAGAGUCCACUCUGAGACUGUGUUUUAUAAUAAGGCAGGAUUAAUAGCUCUUUAUGAAGAAGGUUUUGGUCGAUUGUACUGUACAAAAAAUGUAGACAUUGCAGCUUGAAUGAUUUGUAUGAAGCUUUCGAAUUCUGAGGUGAUGGGAGAAGCUAAAGUAGCAACCUGUCAGUCAGAGGGCUGACAACUUUUGUGUCCAUAUUAUGUGAACAGAAUAGACAGACAUGGUACAGCCAUAAUCACACAUGCACAAUAAGCUGACACUGCUGGUUUUGCCAGCAGGAAGAGGGCCUUCAGGGGAUGUAGACACCCUUCUUUGAGCUUUUGGGUAUAAUGUUAAAUGUUUAUGUCUCCUUGUUAACUCAUGUGACGAAAUAAUUCAGGUAUUUUCUAAAAAAAAAAAAAAAUGUGAUAUGUGUAGUUUGUUUGAGAGGUGAGACUUUUCUCUGUGCAUGCUGUAGGCCACAUUCUGUCCAAAUGCAAUGGGUUGUAUUAGCAUGAAAAGGCAGCUGUCAGUGCUGCUUUACACACUCCAAGCAGACAUGCACACAUUCUUUUGGUCUUUGCUUUACCAGAACAUGGAAUGUACAUACACAGAGACAUACACACUCACUUUAAACACAUAGAGUACAUAUGAACAUAAUAUACACACACAGCACCCUAGAUGCUGGAUCACACUGUAAGUGGUUUACAUGCUGAACAUUAAAACUCGGACAGAAUGUGUGAAGUCACUUGUUAUCAAUAAUUGAACAAAUCCAAUUUUAUAUUAAAAUGCAUAUUUUAUGGAUACUUGUUAUGAUUCAGGUUCUAGCGUUUAACCCCUGAAGUGGUAAGUUUCUGUUUUAAGAACAGUGAAGAUGACCACUACAAUCAUUGUCUGGCGAUGUGCUGUUUCUUCAGGUUGUGAGAUUUCACCCUCAAACCUUCCCUUAAGAAAACAAAAGCUAUUAGUGAUUUUGAAUCACAUGUAAUUAACAUGUUGUACUGUAAAAAAAGAAAACAACAACAAAAAAGCUAAAUAAAGAACACUUGAUAAAAAGUUUUAAUACUGUAAAAACAUUCAUGCAUUUGAGUUAAAAGCCAGGAAAAUGUUUCUUUCUUUGCUAUGUCUUGUUAGGUCUUGAUUUUGGACCAUGCUUAUACAGUAUCUUAGGUUGCAAUUCAUAUUUUUUUUUAAUAGAAAAGCAAACAACUUUUCUGUCUGUGUGUAAUAUUGAGUCAUGUUUUAUAAACUUUAGUAUGCAAAAUUAACCGACCUGAAUGAUAAGUUGUUUUAUAUUCCUGGAUAAAAGAAAAUGCAUUUAGAUAGGUCUUGAUUCACCAUGGUAUUUGCACUGUAGUCGAAACACUGGUAACUUUUCAUUUCCGAUGCUGAGGGAUGACUGUGACUUUUAAAUCCUUUUGUCAAAGGAGUAGAUUUAUUCCCAUGCUUCUGCUGAGAAGUGCUCUGCUCUUUUGAUACAGGCCCUGACAGUGUGGUGUAUGUGAAUGACACUGUUUAUAUAUGUCUCCUAUAAAACUGGCUUUGUUCA